AUGACGAUCCAGGCGUCAACUGGAUCAACUAUGAUUCCUCAAGCAGACACAGCAGUGAAGAAAACGACUGGUGUACUCCAAAGCUAUGCUGACGGUGUGUGCAUUGACAAUAAUGACUGUUCAAAUGGAAAUACAUGCUGGUUACACAAAUGUACUUACUUUCUGGAAGUGCUUCCCCUAGAGUUGGUACCGUGGAAACCGGCGAAGGCCGAUGCAUUCCCAGAUGAACAAACAAUACAGUGUGCUGGUGAAUUGACAUUAAAAGAAAACAAUAUGCAUUAUCGUAUGGAUGACCGGGAUAAACAGGAAUGGCAUUUAGGGCAGCCGAUGUCAGAUUCAUAUCAACAUUCUGACGCUGUCACCCGAAGACUGCCCCUCCCCUAUCGACCCCCACCUCGUUCUGAAUGGUCUCGUGGACCUGACUAUUCCUGUGAUGGGAAUAUUGAACAGGAAAAGUUUUAUCGGCGUUCUCAGUUCCACGAUUCAUUGCCGCAAUAUUCAGCUCCAGAGUCAAGUCAGAGAUUUCAUGAUUCAAUGCCGCGACAUCCACCGACAGAGUCAGACCCACGGUUUCGUGAUUCACAGCCGCGAUAUCCACCGAAAGAGUCAGACCCACGGUUUCGUGAUUCACAGCCGCGAUAUCCACCGAAAGAGUCAGACCCGUGGUUUCACAAUUCACUGCCGCGAUGUCCACCGAAAGAGUCAGACCCGCGGUUUCGUGAUUCACAGCCGCGGUAUCCAUCAAAAGAGUCAGACACGCGGUUUCACGGUUCACAGCCGCGAUAUCCAUCAAAAGAGUCAGGUCCGUGGUUUCAUGAUUCACAGCCGCGAUAUCCACCAACAGAAUCAGACCCGCGGUUUCAUGAUUCACAGCCGCGAUAUCCACCAAAAGAGUCAGACCCGCGGUUUCAUGAUUCACAACCGCGAUAUCCACCAAAAGAGUCAGACCCGCGAUUUCAUGAUUCACAGCCGCGAUAUCCACCGACAGAAUCAGACCCGCGGUUUCAUGAUACACAUUCGCGAUAUCCGAAAGAGUCAGACCGGAGGUUUCAUGAUUCAUUGGCACGAUUUCCACCGACUGAGUCAAGUUCACGGUUCUUGGCUAAUGAUCCAGAUCGAAGUAGAAUUCAUACGCUUUUAUCUAGAAAUAAUAAUCCAGAAAUGGAAGAUCGCAGAUCUCUACAGGGAGAACUACCUCGACAUACUUCAUCAAGUCCACGUAUUUAUAAUGAUGAUAUCCCAUCAUUGUUGGAUGGUCCUCCACGUUUGGGGGACUAUCAAAGAAUGCCACAAUCAGAUUAUGGGUGGCAAUCCACGAUGAGCGACUAUCAUGAAUCACCAAACUUUGAUAUAAACCGAGAACAGUAUCCUAGACAUAGUUCUAGGACUUCACAACAAUCUCAUAAUCCUGAACGCAUUAACAGACAUGACUUUAAGCGUGAGCCGGCCGAAAUUGUUGACAGGUCUCUGCUUCCUAGCAGACCAAAAAUGCCACGUCAGAAUUAUAGUUCUGAGCAGAAAAAGAGCAACAGCUCGGUGGUCGUAGACGGUGUUAUUAUUAAAAAGACUGGUGAAAAAAAAUGGAACUGUACAGUCUGUCAGUUAAACUUCUCGUCAUGGAAGGACGUGAGCAUGCAUUCCCAAAAUGCCUUGCAUAUUGCAAAUCAACAUCAUGAAGAGAAAAAGUCAACUGCCAGGGCUGAUGAAAAAGGCAGAAAACGAGAAGGAUUGUCUGACAAGGAUGGAGGAUAUCACAAGAAACAGAGAUUGACAUGUGCUCAUUGUAAUGUGCUCUGUGGCAGUGAAGUGGAUUUUCAGGAUCAUUUGAAAGGAAAGAGACAUGCAGCCAGUAUUGAGGCCAUAGCUUUCCUGGAGAAAUCUAAGAAACAGAAUCAAGCAUCUUCUAUGAACAAACAAGAUGUAUCCAUGGAAACAUCCCAAACUUAUUGUGCACUAUGCAGUUUAGAAUGCCAUGAGAAAGAGGCUUUUGAAGUGCAUUUGAAUGGAAUCAGACAUCAUCUUAAAAUAAAAGCACUAGAAAAAAAUACCAAGACACCAACAACAGAGAGUGAAAAAAACACAUUCGAUCCUGAGAGAGAUAGUUAUCUUGCCAUGGCCCACGAAUGUGGGAUUGCAAGGACUGACAAAGUUAGUUCAGUUGAUGAACUGAAGGCAUACAAACGGAGAGUUUCAUUGGUUGACAGGCUGACUAAAGUGAUUGAGAUAACUGACUCGCCUGAUUAUGAUCUUUGUCUUAUCUGUGCUAAAAAAGUGACUCCAAAAAAUAAUCAUAAUGAACAUCUGGCAAAGUGGCAACAUACUGAUGAAGUGGAAAACAUUACACUGAUCAAGAAAUGGAUGGAUCUUUUGAAGUUAAUGAUAAAUCCUGACACUUGUGAGAAAGCAUUCAAGGACCUUGAUGCUGUUGAAAAUGGACUGAAGGGUGCGAAUCACAUUCCAUGUACUCUUUGUGGAGUUAAAAACCCACGUACCAAGCAAACAGCUAAGAAUCGCUCUAAGAAACACAUAGAAACUAUAAAACACAUUAGUUGUGUACGCAUUGCAAUGGCUGUUACUGGUAUUGGGAGGGCAGCACAACAACAAAAUGGAUGGAAAAUAAGUUUAUUCAUAAAGAAAUAUGAAAGAUUGCUGUUUGAAACAGAGAACAAUUCAUUAACACAGAAAUGCAAAAUAUGUGACUUGGAUAAUGGUUGGAUUCCAUAUGGUUUGUUUGUCACAGUACCAGCUUUCCAUUAUACAACAUUGCACCAUAACCUCAUCCGAUACUACUUAGAAGAACUAGUUUUACAACUUCAACCACUUAAAGAAGUGGAUUUUGUCAAACAAUUAAAACUGCCAGUUCUGAAGGAGGUGAACACAGUUGCCGUGGUGAAUGAGGAAUCUUCUGAUGAAGAAAAAGUCCACCCAAAAAUAAAAAAUCCAGUGGGUCCACAGUUCAUCGAGACUCAUUAUUUGUGUAUAAUAUGUGAUCAGCUUAUGACAGAUAAGACCACAGCCUUUGGUGAACAUUGCCAGACAAAAGAUCAUGUCAAAGCAGUUGAGUUACAGAUAGCAUCCAAGAAGGCUGAUCCAACAGAUUCCAAGACAUCCAAUAAUUCUGCAGUUGCUAUGGAAACUGGUGAUGAAAUAUUAGAAGAUAAAUCUGAUGUCAAUACAACACAGAAGGAUGACAAGACAGCAGUGGAGAAUAUUGAUGAGGACAAGCGUCAGAUAAUAGACACUGGAGAAAAGAAAUCAGACAAGAAUUGUGAUACUGAUGCUUGUGUGGAGAAAUUGGACAAGACUAGUGUCACUGAGACUGGUGUGGAGAAAUUGGAUAAGACUAGUGUCACUGAGACUGGUGUGGAGAAAUUGGAUAAGACUAGUAUCACUGAGACUGGUGUGGAGAAAUUGGAUAAAACUGAUGUCACUGAGACUGGUGUGGAGAAAUCGGACAAGACUAGUGUCACUGAGACUGGUGUGGAGAAAUCGGACAAGACUAGUGUCACUGAGACUGGUGUGGAGAAAUUGGACAAGACUAGUGUCACUGAGACUGGUGUGGAGAAAUCAGACAAGACUGGUGUGGAGAAAUCGAACAAAACUGACGUCACUGUUACUGGUGUGGGGAAAUCAGAGAAGACUGAUGUCACUGAUACUGGUGUGGAGGAAUCGGACAACACUGGUGUGGGGAAAUCAGACAAAACUGGUGACACUUCUCUUAGUGCAGCGAAAGAUAAUAUCAAUGAGGAAAACAAAAGUGAUACCAUUAAGGAGCAUCCAAUAAAAAAUGGUACCAUUGAUGUUGCUCAAGAUAAGGAAACUGAAAAGUGUGCUGAAAAAGGUGACAAAAACAACACCAUUAAUGUUGACAAGAAAGAUAAAAAUGGUACAAUUGAAGUUGAUCAAGCAGACAAAACAGAUGUCAUUGAAGCUGAUGUAAAGGGACCAAAAGUCUGUACUACAGAUAUCAGUAACAAAGGCAACAAAACUCCAACCACUGAUGUCGUUGACAAAGAAGUAACAAAAAAUGGUUCUGUCAAUGAUGGUGACACUGAGGACAAAACUAAUGUCAGUGACACAGAGAAAAAAAAUGGUUCUACUGCCGAUGUUAAGGACAACGAUGACAAGCCUGGUACAACUGAUGCUGGGGAAAAUGAGGACAACUCUAGUACAACUGACGUUGGAGACAAUGACAAAACUUGUACAAAUGAUGCUGGUGAGGAUGACAAUAUUGGUCUCCAUGGUGAUGAAAAUGAGGAAAAAGCAGGUUCUUCUGAUGAUGAGUUUGAUUAUUUGACUGGUGAUGAAAACGAUGAAACAGAUAAAGGUCUUAUGGAAACCGCUUCAGGUGAAGAAUUUAUCCAGCCUUGUUUUCUGUGCAUACUAUGUGAUGAGUACGUAAUGGAUUCUACCACAGGAUUCGGUGAACACUGCCAAACAAAAGGUCAUGCUCGUGCCAUUGAGGCUGCAAAGAAAAGAGAACGCUUUCCGGAGUACAAGAAACGGAAACCAUUAGAAAAACAUGCGAUAGAAGCCAGAGAUGUCAGCUCUUAUGGUGGAUACAUAAUACGUGGGAAAGGCAGAAGAUAUCAUCACCAUGCAGAAUAAUUAAAUGAAACCUGUGUGGAAAUUCUGGUUUAUGUAGGACUAAGAUGAAGGGAAUAGAGUUCAGUUUAGUAAGGUUUAGAUAUUUUACAGUAUUAACACUAUAUCGUAUAAAAGUUUGAUGUUCUUGCCGAGAAGGGUGUUUGAAUUUACUGAAAUAUACUACACUUGUUCGGCUUAGUGCCCAUUCUUGACUAUAACUAAAAUUGUCACUUGCACUAAGUGCCCAACUCCCUAAAAGCACAAUAUCUGGAGCCGAGUACCUUGGGAUUGUUGUAAUACAAUUUACUUCCUGAUUCAGAG